AUCACCUGAGCGGAAGUAGUGUGUCCUGCAGACGCGGUUUGACAAGCGGCUGUACAGCACUCUUGACAGCCAUCGUGAGCAAACAUCACUUGAACAGUAUGGCGUCCGAAGAGCUUGCUAAGAAGCUACAGUCACGGCUGGUCGCUUCGGAGGAGGCCGAGACGAAGCCAGACCUCGAGGAGAACCUCGCCACAACCGAUGUUCCGGAGUCUGCAGCAGCCUGUGGCGACACCUCCACCGAGCUAUCCGCCAAACUCAACCGAAGGCUUGACAUCAACGACGGCAAUGCUCCACUUCGGGCGAGUCGCGUUUUCAACCCUUAUACGGAAUUUAAGGAGUUCUCCCGGAAGCAAAUAAAGGACAUGGAGGUGAUGUUUAAACGGUAUGACACAGGUAAAGAUGGCUUCAUUGACCUAAUGGAGCUCAAGCUCAUGAUGGAGAAGCUGGGGGCCCCACAGACCCACCUGGGCCUCAAGAACAUGAUCAAAGAGGUUGAUGAGGACUUUGAUGGAAAACUGAGCUUUCGAGAGUUUCUGUUGAUUUUCCGGAGAGCAGCAGCUGGGGAGCUGCAGGAAGACAGUGGCCUGAUGGCACUGGCCAGGUUGUCUGAGAUUGACGUCGCCACCGAGGGAGUGAUGGGAGCCAAAGACUUUUUUGAAGCAAAGAUGCAGGCUCUUUCUGUGAGCAGCAAGUUUGAAGCCGAGAUUCGAGAGGAGAAAGAAGAACGCAAGAAACAGGAAGUUGAGAAAAAAGAGAGGCAGGCUGCCUUCAAGCAGCUGCAGUCGGCAUUCUGCUCAUGAUAAUGCACAGAAAGCAGACGGCAAUCCUGACAACGCACGUCCUAUCUUUAACAGAUUUGAAAACGACAUUCGCAGUACUUUGAUUCUUAAAUGAUGUUGCUCAGAAUUUGGCACUUUAAAACACUGUUAGGUAGUUGUAUUAAGUAACACUCACGUCCAAUUUGUUAUGAUCGUGUUAAAAAAAUAAGAGUUGUAUGGUAAAUGCACUACUUGAGAAAGAAAACAAUUGGGACUUGUCCAAUUUCAUAUCUCCAGUCUACUAUUGUUUCUCUAUUUUUCUGUACAUCUCACUAUGUACAAGUAUUGCAUUUUGACCCUCAUGUGAAAUUCUAUUCAUGUUGUAUUUUCAUUGACUACUGUUUGUUUUCAUAGAUCCCUACCGGUCCUGUUGUUUAACUUUUUAAAUGUAAUUCAAAUAACUGUAUAUUUGUGUGGAAAAGUAAUAUAUUUCAGUAAUUACAUUACAAUGUACUGGAUUAGUUGUGUGGAAGCAUUGUGAGCUAGGUCUUAUGCAGUGUUGGCUCCUGACUUUGACUCAAGUCGAAUAUUGAAAUUAAUUGUUACCGAUAUAAAACUAACCCAUUUCUUUCUGUUGGUGACGAUUUGUUAAAUUAUGCGAUUAAGUUGUACACUAUUGUGAGGACAUCUUCCGGAAUGAUGAUUUGUCUAGUCCCAAGACAGGGCUGUAUUUGAGUAAGGUGUAGAUGUGAUGUAAUUUAAACCAAAUCAUUUCUGGCACGUUAUUAAGCCGCCCCGAAACAGUGAGAGGGGGAAAAAGCAUUUCAUCCAAUACUUCUCAUCAUUCCUCUUUAAAGUCACAGUUUUUGCUUACCAUUGAUACUGUUUGAUUUUUCUUUGUGUGCAGAUUAAAAAGAUGAUAAUAAUAAUAAUGUGUUGUCCAGGCCAACCUUUGUUGUCUGUGAAUGUGUUUUAUAGUUUGUUUUAUGUGCACCCCACAUUUAAACCUACGCAAUCAGCUGUAGCACAAGAGCAAUCAAGUAAUGUACUUCUGUGAAAGUUAGUUAUCCAUUAUAAGUGUCUCAUUCGUCCUUUCAAUAAUGUUUGUAUGUUGUAUAACAAAAUCUACUGUGCAUACAUAUCUUAUGCUCUUGGGUAUUUUGUUGUGGAAAAAAGUAUUUUUUCAUGUAAUAAAAAAAAAUAUAUUUGUUUCAGCAGAGACCUCUACAAUAUGUUGCCAAACAUUAAAAUGUUUAGUGAGAUCUAUUUUUGGGCACCUGAAAUAUGUUAUCAUACUUCCUAUCAGAUUGGGAAGAUCAUUUCAAUAAAGGACUAAACGCACA